UCUUGAUCUUCUAUAUAAACAGACACGUACAUACCGAGCAUGGCGGCUCAUUACUCAUUUGUCUCAACCUAAAAAAGAAAAAAGAUUGAAAGAUAGAUAGCUAUGGGAAGAGGAAGAAGUUCUUCGUCGUCUUCUUCUAUAGAGAGUACCAGUAAGAGCAACCCAUACGGUGGCUCUUCAAGUACUCGAAACCUAAGCACGGAUCUAAGGCUCGGACUCAGCUUCGAGGCAUCCUCAGGGACGCAAUAUUUCAACGGUGGUUACGGGUAUUCUGUUGUAGAUCCGGGGGCGGAUUAUACGGCUGCGGUGGCGGAGGAAGAGGAAGAAGAGAACGAGUGUAAUAGCGUAGGGAGCUUCUACGUGAAAGUGAACAUGGAGGGAGUUCCGAUUGGGAGAAAGAUCGAUCUCAUGUCUCUUAACGGUUACCAUGAGUUGAUCAGAACCCUAGAUUUCAUGUUCAACGCAUCCAUUCUCUGGGCUGACGAAGAAGAGACGUGUGGCCACCAGAAGAGUCACGUGCUAACAUACGCGGACAAGGAAGGUGACUGGAUGAUGGUUGGGGAUGUUCCGUGGGAAAUGUUUUUAUCGACCGUGAGAAGACUGAAGAUUUCAAGAGCUUACCACUACUGAUGUUUAAGUCUACUUGUGUUGUACUAUUAAAAGUAAUGCCAAGAAAAAAUGUUUUUGUCUUAUGUAAAUUUAUUGUCAGUUAUUUAUUAUAUUAUUUCCUGUUUUUCGUUUACGAUGAUAGUACAAACAUUCUGAACUCA